UUAUCGCUCCGCUCGCAGAGUCCGGGUCCGGCCGAGUCGACGCGGUGCGUGAUGGUUCAACUGCGGGCUGCAAGUAAAAACAAAUUAUUAAAGCGAGGUGCUUCCCUUCAGCAAGGAAAAUAAAACGGUUUCUUUGUGGAAUCAGCCGAAAUUAACAGUACUAUAUUACUUCAUUGAACUUUUCAGCAGUCGCAUAAAAAUGCACGGGAUGUCCCGGAGUCUCUGUACCUUUAGCAACAGUUUACCGGAUGGCAGAGGAAAGGACAAGUGCCCUCGGCUGAGACUCACUCUACAGGACCAGACCCGACCGGCCCAGAAGCAGCCUGACCACGACCCAGACCUUUCCACAAGCAAGCCGGCAGGACUUUCUUUUGCCCUGGUUCAGCCAUCCAACGGCAAGCGAACGUUGCUGCUAGAGAAGGUCAAACCCACUCAGGAGAAAGUAGAAGUGAUCAAGGUGUAUCUGGAGGGCAGUGCGGAGAAGGAGGCUGAACAGCGCGAGAGUCUGAAGAUGCUGUCAGACGAGGUGUCGCAGAUUCAGGAGGUGAGGUUUUGUCUCAAAACCCUGAGGGAACAGAUGGCAGCCAGGAACAAAGCUAACAAUAACCAAGCAGAUCACAAGCCUCUAACCAAUGGGCAUGGAGUUCAUCUACCCAAUGGCCAAUCAGCUGUCUCCAAACACAGUGAGGGCUGGGCCAUCCAAGAGAUUCAGGACUGGGAGGAUGAGCAGGAGAGUUCUAAAAUCCGGGAAGUGAGCAGACGGCUGUACGCCCAGCUGCAGGAGGCAGAGCGGAGACACCAGGAGGAGAAAGAAAAGCUGCAGGAGGAGAGCCUCUGGUACCAGCAGCAGCUGGGCGAGCAGACGGAGCGCUUUUGCCGUGCCGAGCGGGGUCUCGAGGAGAGGGACCGGCAAGUGGAGGACCUGCAGCGGCUGUUGCGCGGCAUGGAGGCCGAGAGCGCCGCCCUGCAGGAGAAGAUGAAGGCCAGCGAGGAGCAGCUGCUGGAGAUGCACGCUUACAAGGAGGGCCAGUGCGGCAAGAAUAAGAGGUCUGAGGAGCUGGAGAAGGAGGUGGCCAUUCUGAAGGAGAAGAUCCACCACCUGGACGACAUGCUGAAGAGCCAGCAGAGGAAAGUGCGGCACAUGAUCGAGCAGCUGCAAAACUCACGCACAGUGAUCCAGGAAAGAGACCGCGUGAUCCGGGAGCUGGAGGAGAAGGUGGCCUAUCUGGAGGCCGAGAACAAAGAAAUGCGGGACCAGAUGGAUUACGUCCUGGGGGGCCAAAAGCCCGCCUCCUACCUACCACCGGAGCGCAACUCGCAGAUAGUCUACAGCAAGCAGUUCCAGCCCUCGACGCAGAGCAGCAAGACCCUGCCUUUCAUCAAAGUCAUCGAGAUCAAGUCCUGAGCAGCUAUCAGGAGGGACAGCACCACAUUGUCACGACGAACACAAGUUACGGGAGCCAGCAGUACUGGUGGCUAGCUGGCUGCGGAACGCCACACUCGAUACAGCUACACAGGUUGCCGUGCACACGUUCUGCUACUAAUUUAUAAAUCUUGGUAGAAUGUCACGUCAAAUAUCACAUGGGUCAGUUUAAAUUUCAUAUUUAAUGUUUUGGGUCCACCAACCAAAAAUGGACAUAACUUAUAUACUCUCUGUAAUGGUAGAGGAGAACAGAAAGAGAUGCUUUGAAAUCCAUUGAACUGACAGAAUGAAGGGGAUUCACCAUUUGUUUUGAUCUCGGAUACUGGUUCUCUUCCGGGACCGGGGGUUAUUCUCAUACUUGUGGUCAAAGAGUAUGGGCUAGAUUUGUGUAAAAUAUGGGGAAACUGACGUGAGCAUUCGGGGUAGGAACAAGAUGUUUUGCAUGCUUGACACAAAGGCAGGGCUAUUUGAAACCGGCUCGCGUGUAUCGGGAUUCAGAUUAAUCAGGUCAUCUAGUCUGUGCCGGAACCGACAGCAGAUGUGUCAUGUGACAUUAUCAUUGUGUACGUCCUGUUCUGUAAGCCGGGAAUGCCAACCACACAGUGCCUUGGCUUGGUAGUCACACUCGAAAAAGAUAUGCAUUUAACUUAUUGGCUGAACAUUUUAUCCAGUAACUCAGAAUCCUUUGAUCUGUUUAAAUCACCAUCGUAAACAGUUUUCUGGUUCUGUGAUGGCCUCCUGUGCACGAAGGUUAGCCUCAACUGUAACUCUGUUAAUAUUGACUGUGUGUCCUGGGUAUGUGUCCUUGCAUUUCUAUUUAUUAUGUAACGUUAAUUGUGAGUCUUUGGGUAGAAGAAGGUAUUUGUCUUCGGCACAACACCAUCAUACAGCAGAUAUCGGUCAGCGAUCGCGCGAGCCAAACUCAACAUGAGUCCAGUUCACUGAACACUGUGAAGUCACUGACCGGACAUACCACGAUUAUGAAGAAUGACUGUUUUGAACACACUCCAGUGUCUAUUUAUACGAGAAUCCUCAAAAUGUUUGUUCACUCCAGUCCUAUGAGCUAUGUGUUGAAUUUUGCUUGUACAUGUUAUUCCAGGGGCCUGGUGGUCUUGCCUCACUGUUUCAUAUAUAGCUGAGUUUCUCCGUUUCACACAGAAACAUGCUUUGGGUAGAAAUAGCUAUCUGGCAGACUUGAGCUUACCUAUAAGCACUUCUUUGGCAUAUAUACAGAUUAAUAUAUAAUGUGAAAGUAUGUUAGAAACAGUUCUGUUCAAUGUGCAUAUAAUCAUGCUUUGUGUACUAAUUUUUAAAUAAAGUUUAAUGUAAAAUGUU